GAGCGGGCCGGGGCAAGAUGGCGGCGGCCGCUGAGGCGGCGGCGCGGCUGCGGCGGCAGGAGCAGGAGCUGCGCUGGCUGACGGCGGAGGUGGGGCGGCUGAAGGAGCCGGGAUGCCCCGGGAGCUGCGGCCCCGAGCUGGAGCGGCUGCGGGCCGAGAACGAGAAGCUCCGCUACCGCCUGCUGCACCUGCGCCGCAGCCUGGAGGCCGAGCUGGGCAGGGCGGAGCCGCGGCCGCCGGGCCCCGCGGCGGAGGAGGAGAAAGCCUGCAGUGCAAGUCCAGCUGUUGUGGUGGAUCAAAAUAAAGAGGAAAAGAAAAAAGAAAAUGAAGCUGUGCACCAACAUCAGAAUGAGUUGCAGUGUGAGCCAAGCUUCAUAGAAGACAGACUGAAGAUUUAUGAAGCACUGAAAAAAGAACACGAUGCUUUGCUAGCUUACAGAGCCGCCAACGAGAGCAAACCUAUCAAAAUUACCCUGACAGAUGGAAAGAUGGUUGAAGGGGAAUCUUGGAAAACCACACCGUAUCAAUUAGCUGUAGGAAUCAGUCAAGCGUUGGCUUCGAAUGCAGUCAUAGCCAAAGUGAAUGGUGAGCUGUGGGACCUGGAUCGUCCACUGGAGGGAGAUUGUACUCUGGAGCUGCUUACAUUUGAUAAUGAAGAAGCAAAAGCUGUUUAUUGGCAUUCAAGUGCUCAUAUUCUUGGAGAGGCCAUGGAAGGUUAUUUUGGGGGCUGCUUAUGCUAUGGACCACCAAUUGAAAAUGGAUUUUACUAUGACAUGUACAUUGAAGACAGAGGUGUAUCUAGUACUGAAUUCCCACUACUAGAGAACCGCUGUAAAAAUAUCAUAAAAGAGAAGCAGGCUUUUGAAAGACUGGAAGUCAAAAAGGAGAUCUUGUUAGAUAUGUUUAAGUAUAACAAGUUUAAGUGUCGUAUCCUUAAUGAGAAGGUGAACACACCAACUACCACAGUAUACAGAUGUGGUCCACUGAUUGACCUCUGUAGGGGUCCACAUGUGAGACACACUGGAAAAAUCAAGGCUCUUAAAAUAUUUAAGAAUUCCUCUACGUAUUGGGAAGGAAAAUCUGACAUGGAAACUCUGCAGAGAAUAUAUGGAAUAUCCUUUCCUGAUAACAAAAUGAUGAAGGAAUGGGAAAAAUUCCAGGAAGAAGCCAGAAACCGGGACCAUAGGAAAAUUGGAAAGGAGCAGGAACUCUUCUUCUUUCAUGACUUGAGUCCUGGAAGCUGCUUCUUCCUCCCCAGAGGUGCCUUUCUUUAUAACACACUUGUGGAUUUCAUACGAGAGGAAUAUCACAGGCGUAAUUUUACUGAAGUUGUAUCUCCAAACAUCUUCAACAGUAAACUCUGGGAAGCUUCAGGACACUGGCAGCACUACAGUGAAAAUAUGUUCUCUUUUGAGAUUGAGAAGGAAACUUUUGCCCUUAAACCGAUGAAUUGUCCAGGACAUUGCUUGAUGUUUGCCCACCGUCCACGAUCCUGGAGGGAAAUGCCUCUUAGACUUGCAGAUUUUGGAGUUCUUCACCGAAAUGAACUCUCUGGGACUUUAAGUGGCUUGACUCGUGUGAGGCGCUUCCAGCAAGAUGAUGCCCACAUCUUUUGCACAAUGGAACAGAUUGAAGAAGAAAUGAAGGGCUGUCUUGAUUUCUUGAAGUCAGUGUAUGCUGUCUUUGGUUUUUCCUUUCAACUACAUCUCUCUACAAGACCAGAAAAUUAUCUAGGAGAGCUAGAGAUCUGGGAUCGUGCAGAAAAGCAACUUCAAAACAGCUUGAAUAGCUUUGGAGAGCCAUGGAAUUUGAAUCCAGGAGAUGGAGCAUUUUAUGGUCCUAAGAUUGAUAUUAAAAUCAAAGAUGCUAUUGGCAGGUACCAUCAAUGUGCUACUAUCCAACUUGACUUCCAGCUACCUAUUCGGUUUAAUCUUACUUAUGUGGGUAAGGAUGGCGAUGAUAAGAAAAGGCCAGUGAUUAUUCAUAGAGCUAUUUUGGGAUCUGUGGAGAGAAUGAUAGCUAUUCUAGCAGAAAAUUACGGAGGAAAAUGGCCAUUCUGGCUGUCCCCGCGGCAGGUCAUGGUUGUGCCCGUGGGAGCUGCUUGUGAAGAGUACGCCCGGCAGGUUUGCAGCGAAUUUUUUGACGCAGGAUUUAUGUCAGAUGUGGAUCUAGAUCAAAGUUGCACAUUAAACAAGAAAAUCAGAAAUGCACAGCUGGCCCAGUAUAACUUUAUCUUAGUGGUUGGAGAAAAGGAGAAAGCAAAUAACGCUGUCAACGUGCGAACAAGAGACAACAAAGUUCACGGGGAAAUUUCAGUCUCUUCUGCUAUUGAGAAACUCAAGAAAUUUAAGAGCUCACAUACUCCAAAUGCAGAAGAAGAAUUCUGAUGCUGCUGUUAAGAAAAAAAUUAGCUGCCCAUGUGAAAUGGCAUUUCUUCCCUCGUGUACAGCAGUAAUGCUCAUCUGAGAGGAUUUUCAGUUAAUGGAUACACUAAAUAAGCAAAUGUAGCAAUGCUGGUGCUCCAGGAAUAGCACGAGAGGACUGAUGUGGCUGCUGGCUCCUUUGACAGUCCCGUGGGAUUCCAGUCUGCGCCACUCGCAGAACGCUUAUUUUAGAAGCCCAUGCUGCUGCUAAAAUAUUUUGGGUUUGCUGUGGAAAUAAAUGGGGGCUGCCUGAAGCCGAGGAGCAGGAGGCUGGGACUUGUGGCGGCCACUGCUGCCAUGGCUGGGCUACCUCGCUCACGUCGCAGGUGCCGGGCUGUUGUGAGCAGGGCUCCAGAGCAGGGCAGCGUGUCCCUUUGGUUUUUUCCUAAAUCCAGAUUAUGUCAG